GUUGACUUCCAGAUACAUUUUAUUGGUUCCCCUUUGCUCACAGCCAUAUAUGUGACAUCUUAUCUAGUUAUGGUGGAAGGUUAAACUUAACUUGGAGAUGGUCUAUAUAAUGAUCAUGGAUCAUUGAACAUUACACAUCCACAAACAAUUAAAUAUCAAACCUUUCUUUCAUGGCUCCAUACAUGAAUCACUUCAGCUUGUUGCAAGCCAUCUCCCUUUUAUACUUUUUUUUCACACUCACCUGCAUUGGAUCAUCCCUAAGCCAUGAUCAGGAAUGCUCAGCCUUGUUUCAGUUUAAGCAAAGCAUGAUUUAUCCAGAUGAUGAACCGUUUUGUGGUGCUAGUUGGUUUCAGACAUUCCACUCUUGGAAGCCCACCAUCAAUGCAUCAAAUGCUGGUUUUGAUUGUUGUUCAUGGUAUGGGGUGGAGUGCAGCAAUGACCAUGAUCAGUAUGGUCAUGUGAUUGGCCUUGACUUGAGCGGAUGCUCUCUUUGUGGGCAUAUCAAUUCUACCAGCACCCUCUUCAGCCUUGUUCAUCUUCAAAGCCUCAACCUUGCCUUCAACUACUUUUAUGAAUCUCAAAUCCCAUCUGAGAUUUCUCAUUUAAAGCAAUUAAGAAGCCUCAAUCUCUCUUAUUCUGGGUUUAGUGGCCAUGUCCCGAAUGAGAUCUCACAGUUGAUGCACUUGUCGUCUUUAGAUCUGUCAUUGAAUCCGCUAAAGCUUCAAAAUCCUUCUGGCCUCAAAAACCUAGUGCAAAACUUAACAGGACUCGAAGAACUCCAUCUCUCAUGGGUUGACAUUAGUUCUUCUGUACCUCAUUUCUUGGCCAACUUUUCUUCUUUGAGGUCAAUCACGCUAGAAAACUGUUUGCUUCAAGAUGAAUUCCCUGCAGCCAUUUUUCAGCUACCGAAGUUGAAAACUCUUGAUUUGGCAUUAAAUAUAAACCUCACAGGCACCUUUCGUGAGUUUCGUAACAGCAGCUUACUUGAACUUGUGCAUCUACAUUUAACAAGUUUUUCCGGGAUUUUACCAGAAUCCAUAAGUAAUCUAAACCAUUUGACAUCCUUGAGCCUUUCCAAUUGCUCUUUCACAGGGCACAUUCCAGGUUCACUCUCUAACAUGACACAAUUCACUAAAUUAUCUCUUGGUGGGAAUAAGUUCACAGGCUUUGUUCCUUCCUUGGUAAGUCUUUCCAAACUCAUGAUUUUAGAUCUCAGUGAUAACAGAUUUGAUAAGGGAGUCUUGCCCAACUGGCUUGGCAUGCUGGCUGAACUUGAAGAGCUGCAUGUAUACGAUACUAACAUAAACAGUAAAAUACCAGCCUUUCUUGCAAACCUAACAAAACUUAGUGUUGUUGGGAUGGGAAUAAAUUCUUUUACGGGUCAUAUACCAUCCUGGUUUUUCAACCUCACCCAACUAUCAUUUAUAGACCUUCAACGAAAUCAACUGCAAGGACCAAUUUCAAGUUCAUUUUCCAACUUUAAAAGUCUUAAAGUUUUUCAAUUUAGCUUCAAUAAUUUCAGUGGGAGUGUAGACGUAGACAUGUUCUUAGGACUCAACAAACUCGAAACUCUCGACUUAGGUCAUAACAUGAUAUCAUUAGUGGCCACCAACAAUUACACCAAUAGCACCUUACCGGAACUUAAAAACCUAGCACUGUCGACAUGUAACUUGAAGGAAUUCCCUGCCUUUUUGCGCUUCCAAAAUAAAUUGGAAAUCUUAUUUCUCGACAGCAACAAGAUUGAUGGCAUGGUACCAGUGUGGAUCUGGAACAACAGCAAAGAAACAUUACAUGCGGUUGACCUUUCACACAACUCCAUCACAGGCUUUCAACAGCAUCCUCAAUUUCUACCAUGGAGCCGUUUACAAAUUUUUUUGAUCAAGAAUAGUCAGUUACAAGGGAAGCUACCAAUUCCACCACAAACCACAGUUGUUUAUGUAGCCUCAGAUAACAAUCUGACUGGAGAAAUACCACCAUUGAUAUGUGAAGUGAAAUCUCUGCGCUUAUUACGUUUGUCUUCUAACAACAUGAGUGGAACUCUUCCUCCAUGUUUUGGUAACCUAUUCAAUUCAUUGUUGGUUUUGGAUCUGAGCAGAAAUAACUUUCAUGGCAUAAUGAUGAAUGUGUUUAUGAAUGGAAGCCAGUUGAAAUAUAUUGAUUUUAACAAAAAUCAGUUUACGGGUCAGCUACCAAGAUCAUUGACAAAUUGUACCAAUUUAGAGUUUCUCAAUCUUGGAGAUAACUCGUUCCAUGACGUCUUUCCUUCUUGGUUGGGAAAUCUUCCCAACCUGCAAGUUCUCUCGUUGCGGGCUAACAAAUUUUAUGGGCCGAUUCAAUCUUCGACAACUGUUUCCUCACAGUUCCCUAAGUUGCGGAUCAUAGACCUCUCUAACAAUGAUUUUAGUGGUCAACUGCAUCAAAACUACUUCCAAACUUGGAAAGCCAUGAAAUCAGUUUAUGAUAGCAAAUCAUCGGUUAUGGAAUCAGAUAUAACCAUUAUACCAUUCGGUACAAUAAAUACAUUCAUAACGGCUUUAUACAGUUACAGUAUGACAAUAAUACACAAAGGUGUUAGAACAAAGUACGAAAAGAUUCUAACCAUAUUCACGGCUAUUGAUCUCUCUUGUAACCAUUUUGAAGGAGAAAUCCCACCAUCACUCCAAGAUCUUCGAGGCCUUGAAUCACUCAAUCUUUCCAACAAUCAGUUUACUGGACGUGUCAUGCCAUCUUUCGGGUACCUAAAGAAACUUGAAUCUUUGGAUCUUUCCCAAAACGUGCUAUCCGGAGAAAUUCCCCAACAGUUGGUGCUACUCAACUUCCUUUCCAUUUUCAACGUGUCAUUCAACCAACUUGAAGGGCGAAUACCAAAAGGUCAACAAUUUGAUACAUUCGAAAACGACUCCUAUAUGGGGAAUCCACGAUUGUGUGGAAAACCUUUAUACAACGAAUGCCAAGGUUCAAUGCCAUCAAGGCUUCCACCUGCAAGCAAUACGUCCGAGUCCGAGUCUCUCCUCCCAAACGAACCAAUCGAUUGGAUCUUUGUAUUCUGUGGAGUUGCAAGUGGGUUGGUUGUUGGAGUUGUUAUUGGAAACUUUCUAUAUGAAAGGUAUAGCAAUCGGUUCACAAAGAGAAAGGACAGAUGGGUAAGGCCACUUCGUCACACAAGGAGAAACCAAGAUAAAAAGCAAUGAACUAGCCGCGUAAAACAUACAUUAUCAUAUAUCUCAGAAGGUAUCAUAUAUUCACAUUCAAAGGGCAAGGAGAAGAUGUAGACAAGCUUCAAGGGAUUUUAGUCUGUUAAACCAUUUAGCGUGUGUGUGUUUUAAGUGUAAGGUUGUGUUGGUUUGAACUGAAUUUCUUUGUGUUAGACUUUAAUUGAUAUAUCAUUUAGUAAGAGUCCAUUGUUUCAGUUUAUCGUUUAUGGUGGCAUGAUCAUGUUGUUUGUAAAUAGAAGAAGAGGAAAAAUGGAUAAUAUUUCACUGCCAUUUAAAACUGAGAAAUUACAGAGCUUAAAUAGGAAACAAAAACAUGAACUGAAAGAAAGAUAAAAAGACAGUUAAGACUCUUGACUUUUGUAACUGAAAAACAACUUUUAAGACUCUACUAAUGCAGUAAUUAAAGACACAUGGCAGUGAUUAUUUUGAAUCAAUUAACCAACACUCCCCCUUGAUUCAAAGUUGCAUACUCCGAGCUGCAUUCUAAAGAACUCAUGUUUGGCUUGAGGAAGAGAUUUAGUGAAUAUAUCUGUUGUCUGCUCAUUUGUUCCACAAAAACUCAGUUUAAUCUUUCCAUCAGUGAUCAACUUGCGAAUAAAAUGGUAAUGCACAUCUAUAUGCUUCGUACGAGCAUGGAAAGCAGGGUUCUUGGCCAUUGCAAUGGUUGAUCUGUUGUCACAAAAUACCUCUGUUGCAUCUUCUUGCUCAACACACAAAUCAACAAGAACUUUUCGCAACCAUAAGGCUUGUCGAGCUGCUGCGUUUGCUGCUAUGUACUCAGCUUCUGAUGACGAUAGAGCCACUGUAUCUUGCUUCUUAGAACUCCAUGUUACAGCUCCGGAACCAAAGCUGAAAACAUUGCCUGAUGUGCUUUUGCGAUCAUCUACGCACCCAGCCCAAUCACUAUCGCUGAAGCCAACCAACCUAAAUUCAGAAACUCUUGAAUACCAGAUGCCAUAAUUAUUGGUACCUGCUACAUAAUGAAGAAUCCUCUUGGCUGCACCAAGAUGCAAGUUUGUAGGGCUGUGAAGAAACCUUGAUACUACGCUAACAGGAAAAGAAAUGUCCGGUCUACUAUGUGUCAGGUAGUUCAGACCACCAACUAGACUUCUAAACACACUCGAGUUUGUUUUAUCGGAUCCAUCUUCAUGUUGUAG